AGCAACAGUGAACACUUGUGCGCAGUUAGCUUGUUACUUGCUCAGCGGUGUCGAUUUGAGGUAGCUCUCAGGCUUCAGGCUCCAGCUGUUGAAUCUGAGACAAUGGCUGAGGACAUGACUUUGCUGUGGGGCUCCGGCUCUUCUCCCUGCUGGAGGGUGAUGAUCGCUCUGGAGGAGAAAAACCUGAAGGGCUACAAUCAGAAAUUGCUCUCCUUUGAGAAAAUGGAGCACAAGUCCCAAGACGUUUUAGAUAUAAACCCCAGAGGUCAGCUUCCCACCUUCAAACACGGAGACAUCAUCGUGAAUGAAUCCUACGCAGCCUGUUUUUAUCUGGAGGGUCAGUUCAAGGCCAGUGGAAACAAGCUGAUCCCAGACAGCCAGGCUGAACAAGCCCUGAUGUACCAGCGCAUGUUUGAGGGUCUCACCUUCUACGAAAAACUCAAUGCAGUUAUCUACUACGAGUGGUUUGUCCCUGAAGCAGAGAGGCAUGAGUCAGCACUGAAGAGGAACAAGGAGGCUCUGGCCACUGAGCUCAAGCUCUGGGAGGAUUACCUGCAGAAGCUGGGCCCGAACUCUCACCUCACAGGUCCGUCCUUCUCGCUGGCAGAUGUGACCGUUUUUCCAACUGUCGCUACUCUUUUCAGAUUUGGGUUGUCUGCUGAGCGUUACCCUAAACUGGGAGGGUAUUACACUCUGUUGAAGGAGCGGCCCAGCAUCAAAGCCAGCUGGCCUCCUCAUUGGCUGGAGAACCUUCAGGGACAGGACACACUCAAAGACAUCUGAGAUUCUCACAUGCUUUCCAGUCACACCUUCCUGUAAUGGUUUGGUUUGGGUUCUAUAAAAAAUGCUUUUGCUUGAUGUAGUUUCAGCUCACAGUUUGUCAGAUAUGACACAGCUGUUGUAUUCUUCUGACCCUGAAAAGGAAAGUAAGUGCUGAGGUGAUCAGCAUGUGCUAAAUAUACUCCUGUUAGAAAGGCUGAGAUGUGAUUCCUUUUUUUGGUUGUGUUUUCUCCAGAGGUUCCUGUCAAACGUUUGGCAAAAAACAGUUGAUAAACACAGGUUAUGUUAGGUUAUGUAUGCAGUGUUUGCAGGGUAACAGGCAAGUUGUGACACUGUUGAUGGCGCAGCUUUUGUUGCCCAGAUACGUGGCGUGCAUAUGUAUCAAUCCCUUGACUAAUAAAACGCUGAUACAAGUUGCUAUAACAGCAGGUUUUCAUGCAUGUUGAGUCUUUGUAUGGAGUCAGUUAUUUCUGAUUAACAGGUUUCAACCUUUUUGUUGUACGAAAUAACCUUUACUGCAUUGUAACCCAGUAUGUUGUCUCAGCAGUUACACUGGAGCACAGGCCAAAUAAAAUCAAGAUGGCACUGCUAAAAGUACAAAUAAAGUCUGAGAUCUACUCAA